GUCUUGUUAAUAUUUUUUAAUUAUUCAAACGAUAGUGUUACAAUAUAGUUUAGUUUAGUUCUAAAGUCUUUGAAAAAUCUUAUUAUGAGUACCAUGAAUGUUUUCAAUUUAAUUACGUUACUAUUUCUAACACACGAUUCAAUUAUUGAAUCAAUCUUAAAUGACGUGCCUAUAUAUGAUUCGCCACAAGUGAAAAUUAUAUCUCAAUACAUUCAUAUCUUCAGUAAAAUUUCCGUAAAUGUAAAAGACGUCUAUAUGGCUUCAGCAACAGAUUUCUACAAGGUAGAUGAAUAUAGUACCAAUGGUUGUGCUUUUAAAAGUUUGCAGAUGUUAAUGUCUAGUUUGAUGUUAAAUAAUGAAUAUAGUGAACAUCUGUCUAAGAUUUGGGAACAUCUUUAUAAAAUGCCUUUGACACGUUCGCAAUUGCCCUCAAUGAUACUCUUACAGAAUCAUCUAGAAAGAUGUUGGGAUAUGGGAAUCGACAAUUCAAAUGUAUACAGAGAUAGAGAAACUAGACGAGUUGAUGGAAUAUAUGUAAGAGACGUAUUGACUAUGUUAUAUGGAUUACGCUUGAAUGUCAAUGAAGUAACUUUUGAUGACAACCAAUUAAAACAAGAAGAGUUGUAUCAAAAGUUGUUAAAUUGGUUGCAUCAAUAUUUUAAGAAUUUAAACGAUAAUAAAGAAAACUUUGUAUGUCCAGUUUUAUUAUUUUACCAAAAUGAUACUUCAGCUCAUGCCGCAAUAGUUGUUGGUGUUGAAAUUUUAUUAGAUGACACUAUCGUACCAUUGGUAUUAAGUUCCGAUAAGAUUGAAUUAAAUAAUUUAUCAUUGAUAAAUGGAAUGGAUUUACUAAACAAAGUAAUACGACCUUACGAAAAUGAUUUUAAGAGUUGUACAGUAUACCAAGUAUUAUAUAUUAACGGCAUUAAUAAUGAUGAAAAUUUAAAUACUAUUAGUGUAGAUUAUACACCAUAGGAUCAAAUAUAGAAAAAUUAAUUUUUUUUUUUAAUAAUUUUUGGAAUAAAAUUAAACAUUACAAAAACCACUAUUAAUUUCUUAAAAUAAAUGAUAAUAUCAAUAGCCGUUAAUCGAUACUUCAUUAUUUUUACUAUAAAUUAAUCAAGUUUCAUUAAGUUUUUGUGGAAAUGUCAAUAAAUUUUACGAACACAAUAAAGAGUUUUAAAAAG